AUGUCAUCACCCCCCGCCGCGGGCAAAGGCGCGCCAUCUCCCCCCGUCGACCCCAUCCUCCGCAACACUCUCCGCUACACCAUUUCCGCCCGCGAAUAUGCCACUCUGCACAAGUACAUCCUCUCGCGGUCCAAGGCUUUGCGUCGAGCGGCCCCGACCCCCGCGUCCGUCGACAAGGCGCUGCAGCCGCAGAAGAAAGGGGGCGACGACUACAACGCCAAGGCAGUGCGGCAUGCGCUGCGGGUGUUUGUCGCGACGAUGGUGGGCAUGAAGGGCUGGGAGGCCAUCUCUCGAAGGAUGGACAAGACAGCAAGUGACAAUGCGCCCAAACAGCCGCUGCACAAAUCCCCCGCCCUACGACUCUCCGUGUCCCUAUCGUCCAUCCUCCUGCUCUACAGAUUCCUCUUCCGCUUCCUGUCCCGACUGCGAGCACACCUCAUGGACCCGACGGUCGAGCCGUUCCGGCGACGCAAUCCCCGCACCGCAGCGGCGCUGACGUCGCCUUAUGCCCCUGCCAUAGGGGCCUCGCUUGCUGGUGUCGCGCUGGGCGUGUACCCCUCGCAACAGCUGCGUGUUUCUAUUGCCAUUUACGCGCUGUUCCGGGCGCUCGAGUUUGGGUGGAAUGUGUGCGAGGCCGAAGGGCUCAUAUGGGGUGUGAGGGGGGGCAAGAAGCGCGAGCGGCCGUGGUGGUUUGGGAGCUGGAUGUUGCAGCCGUUGGCGUUUGGACAGCUGUUGCAUGCUGUUGUUUUUGAUCGUGAUUGCUUUCCUGCUGCGUACGGGAGCUUCAUCUUCAAAAAUUCAGACGGCUACCUUCACGCCCGGCCGGACGGAUGGCCCGCCCAUCUCACAUGGCCGUCUACCACAGACGUCGUCGAGAGUCUAUCCCAGAUGGCCAAGCUCAACUGGCCGGCGUACAUCUCGCCCACCAUGUUCCCCAACAAAGAAGUCCUGCCUGCCUCCGUCAAGGCCAUAUCACCACUCACAUCGCAAGCCCACCCGCUCAUCACGUCCCUCUCCUGCGCGACCCUCCACCCGUCCGACCCGUCCUGCACACGAACCUACCUCACCUUCUGGCUGAACUCGUUCCCCCCCAUCGCCCGCUUCUUCCUCAUCAUCUACUCCGCGCUAACUAUCAUCCCGCGCUUCAAAGCCCUGUACAACUUCCCCGUGACGACCAUCCACAAGAUCUUUUCGCGCGCCUUCCGCAUGUCCACGUUUGCUACGGGCGCCAUCUCCACCGCCUGGGCAUCCAUCUGCUUCUUCCAGACGUAUCUGCCGAAGAGGGUGCUCGCCACGCAGCGCUUCUUCCUGGGUGGCUUCUUCGCGGGGCUGUGGGCGUGGAUUGAGCGGCGGCACGGACGGGGCAUCUUUUUGUAUAGUGCGCGGGCGAGUGUGGAUAGUUUGUGGAAGGUUGGUGUCAAGAGGAGGUGGUGGAGGGCGAUGAAGGGCGGUGAUGUGUGGGUGUUUGUGUUGGCGUUGAUGGUGACGGGUGUGGUUUAUGAGAGGGAUGCGAGGGCCAUUCGGGAGAGGGAGUGGAGGAAGGGAGUUAGUUGGAUUAGGGGCGAGGGAUGGAGGGAUUGGAGUGUUGAUGAGGAUGAGGAUGUAGAUGCGGAUGCGGAUCAGGAGGCCGAGAAGGAAGAAUGA